AUGGAGUGUGGAUGGUCUUUCUGGAGUGAUUGGACCCCGUGUUCUUAUCCUUGUGAGGGAAAAACAAAAUGGAGGAAACGUCAUUGUCUAACUCAGUUUUGUAACGGAGUCUAUUAUGAGUAUGAAUACUGCGAGCCCAAAGACUGCUUACUAGAAACAAAACCACCGCCAGUAGCUUUUCGGCAUAAUAUCAAUAAUUCCUACAUCCCUCAAGAAACAAACAGAUAUUUCAAGUCUUCAGGCAUAGUUCGAGAAACUAUGCAAAUGACAACACCGAUAACUCAUUUAGUUCCUACACUCACCGAUCUUCUGAAGAAAAUCACACGACAAAAAGAGAAAAAUACUGCUACAUUUGUAAAGAAAAGUGAAAUAGAUAUUGAUGAUCAUGAAACGAACGUGCAAAUGAAAAUUCGAGAAGUAACCAAACUAGCAUCUCAACCCGCACAUGGCAAUAUGAAUGCUAAACAAAAUGACCAACCAACGUCCAAAGAAGAAGGAAAAGAAAGAAAUGUCAAUGUUGUGAUUUUGGUAGCUGUUCCAAUACUAACAGUAUGUGGAGUAUCAUAUACGAUUGCUAGGAUCUACAAAAUAAUAAAAGACAAAAAAGCAAAUUCUAAAGAAGCCACAGAAAACACAAGAGGACAAUGGCCUUCCUUGUCUUCAAAUAAGAUUUCCUCCACAGAAGAGAAUAGAGAAGUACAAGAGUAUAAUUACGUGUCUUAUGACGAAAUAAGCAAGCGCGGUUCAUACGAAAACAGCUCACCCUCUCACAGCUAUGUCUAUGACGUCACUUGGAACUAGCAACCAACAAAGCAUAUCACAAAAGAAUACCGUUUACUUGAAUACUGAAUAACAUACAUGUAUUAAUGGUUUUAUAUCGUGACGUAAGCUUUAUUUUACAUGUUAGAUUGUUAUCAUAUGCACCGAGUUUUAGUUUAUGUAUGUUUUACCCAUUUCA